CUUUGGAUUCUUCUACAGAUCUCUCAUCUCCUACAGAAACGAUGACACCACAAACCCUACCUCCACGACAGGGUAACCUCACAGAUACUUGGGCAGAUUCAGUGGAUGGGGAUACCUUCUGUGAAGAGCAGGAAUAUUCAGAUUAUGGUGGGACACAGUCUGAGAAGUUGAACAAUGAAGGUAAGGUCCAGAAAGGUGAAGAGAUCCAGAGCGAGGACAUUGACCACGAGUCUGAGGACAGCAUAGUUGAAGAACUAAGCCAAGAUGAUCAGAGUGACAUUCACAUUGAGACGGAACAUUUAGUGGAGGUUGAAAACAACAUCAGCAGCUUCACCAAUAUGAGGAAACCAGCGGCAAGCGCAGCAGUCCAUGAGGACCAGUCUGGGCAACAGUCAACUAAGCCGAAAAACAUGGCAAAGGAACAGAAGGAUGGUGAUAUUAAGGCAGAAAUAUUGACAGUGGAAGAACAAGGGAAGAGAGUUCAAGAAAACAGUCAGGAGCAUAACACAAAACAGGAGCAAGAGACAAUGAAGUUAAAUAUGGGCAGAGAAAGAAUGGAAGAAGAGAUAAAGAUGAUGGAUGCAGAACAUGAGAAUGCCACUAUGUCAAGGAGACUGGAAGAGAAGAGUAUGAGUGCUCUGGAAGAAGAGGAGAGGAGGAGGGUAAAGGAGGAAGUUGGGACAGAAAUGGUGAAAGGACAUCCCUCCUCUGCAGAAAAGUUAGACCCUGAUGAUAAAAUCUUGAGAAUCGCUGAAGAAUGUGAAAAAGAAGGAAAGAAAGGCAGGAAUAAAGAACCUAUGAUGAAGCCUGAAAAGACAGCACAUGCAAAUUCAGAGAAUAUUCUACUGAAGUCACCAUUAGAAGGAGGUACUAAUUGACGAAUUUCAUUUGACAAAACUAUGCCUGGGAAACAUGUACAGUGUAUUAACCUUUAUUUUAUUCUUACACAGAUCACCUCUCUCCCAUCGUGGAAAAGUCAAAACCUUUGGCACCAUUACAAGACAUGUGCAAGCAUCAGCUAGAUGAUGGUUCUAAUGCAGCAAUGAGGAAGCAAAAGAAAAAGGCAAAAGACACAAGAAAAAGAAACAAACACGCUGAAAAAAGGAAAUACAACGAGGUAAAAAGAUUGGAAAUGGACAGGGACACAACGGAGAAGGAGAACAAGAAGAUGGUUGAAGAAAAAAAGAAAGCCGAGCUGAUUAAGAGACUGGAGGAGGAGAGACUGAAGGCUUUGGCAGAAGUGAUAGAAAUGUUGAAAGCAAAAAAAGCGUAUCGAAUGUAAACACUAUCGGAAGGGCCUUCUUCUGGACAAGAUAAUCAGAGACCUGAGACCAAUGACAUCAUUCCAGAUACUCACUUCACACAGUAUUAUAUUUGAUCUUCUUUCACAUUCUUUUUUUUCAAGUGACAGCUAUUUUUGACAAUUUGCCUUGAAGACACCCUAUAAUGAAAUAAACAAAUAAAGUAAGUUUGAGCCAAAAGGUAGUUUUAGUGUCAUGUUUUAAAUAUGACCAGAACAGAGCACAGAAUUCAAUAGAGUCAGAUGUCAUUAGACAUCCCAAUCCAAAGUCAAAAUCCAAUCCAAAAAAGAUAUCAACCUAGAGCAAAUAAUAAAUCAAUGAGGAUUCAGGAAUCAUAGUAAAAAGGGCCAGACAAAAGUCUGAAUAAACCAGAACACAAGACCUCACAAAGACAGAGAAAAGAGAAGUUUAAAUACACUGGCAGACAAGGAAUAGGUGAAGACCAUUGACAUGACAAGGUGAGCGGAAGAGUCCAUUAGAGAGGAGAGGGGAGCAAUGAGUUUCAGUAA